GCCUUUCGAUAUCUUUCAGCUCUAUGUGGUUGAGAGGAUAUUAAUACUAUCUGCCCAGACCAAAGUGCAUGUGGUGGAAAAGCUCAAAAGCGUGCCAUUAUUCUCUUUUGUGGCAAGCGACUACCAAUAUACAUAUAAUACCUAGCAAAAUAAUCGAAUGGCAGCGCCAGCGAAGAACAUUUUAGUGAUAGAAAGGUUGGAAAUGGAGCAGGAAAAGCAUGGUGAUCAACAAGAAGACAUCGAGAAUUUGUCGAAUCCAUUAGAGCAAGGAACCUGCAGUAACAUGUCAUCAUAUACGGUGGAUGGAGCUGAGCCUGAGACAGUCAUUGUGAUAGAAUCCAGAGGAACUGGAGUUGUGGUCAAAGAAAAUGGGAAUUGGGAACCAGAAAGCAAGUCUCAGGAGACUGGUAAUGUAUCUGUGGAAGGACAAAAAGAACCAAAUGUACUUGAAUCAGAGAAAAAUAGUUGCAUAGCUGAGAAAUGCAAUGGCAGGUCCUUGAGUGGUGAAAACCUUGACAGAGAAAAGGUUUGCAGGAUUUGCCAGUUGAGCUCGGAACGCCCAUCCGAUGCCUCUGAUCUGAUCCAGCUCGGUUGCGGCUGCAAAGGUGAGCUAAGCAUUUCGCAUCAUCGGUGCGCAAAGGUCUGGUUCAAGCAUAAAGGGAGUAGGCAAUGUGAGAUUUGUGGGGAGACUGCGAGGAAUGUAUCAGGUGUUGAAGAAAAUAAUAUCGGAUUCCGGGUUGACUACUGGAAUGACAUGAGGUUGAUGGGUGCAUAUUCAGUGGACAGAGAGGACUCCUGUUCAUGGAGACGGUCCUUCUGCAACUUUGUAGUGGCAUCACUGGUUCUAGUUUUCAUACUCCUAUGGUUUUUUCGGGUCAAUGUCCUAUAACCAUGGCAUUGGCAUGACAAUUCGAGUUCAUGGCAUGCAUUAUCUCAGCUCAAAUUAACAAACAUACAAAUGCUUGGUCUUAACUCCAUGGAACUAAUGAUUUAAGAAUUCAAAUUCCU